ACCGGCCGUUGUUCUGUUUAACCAGCUUGAGCAAAACCACUUGAUCAGAGUUGAGGCGAAUAACGGGAAUAGCGUUCAAUUCUAUGGGGAAAAUGGUGAAGAAUAUACAGACGGGGAGAAUUUUGUAAAGGACUGAACAGUUGUCAAGGACUUCAUUUUGCAGAGAAAAAAAUCUUCAGAAUAUUUUGAACAAGAUGCAAGGUUAAAUCUAAAAAGGCUUUUGUAGACUGAAAAUUUUUUUUGAUACCAGCGACUGGCUGUUGCAGUUUCAAGGAACGGAGAGGACAUCGUGAAACGUUUCUUCACUGAUAUUUGACCUGAGACGAAACCUUUUUCGGCAUCAGUUGUUUAACAGCCGUUUGGAAAGCUGAAUGUUUGAAAUACUUCAGAAAGAAGCCAAAAAGAUCAAUCAUUUCCGAGACGUGUAAUUCAGAAUUCUCAAUCUCGUAUCGUGCUGUGCAUUUUGAGUAAUUGAAACAGUUGAUUGUUUUCGUAUUUCGGAAAAAAAAAUCAAAAAGUGGAUUAAAAAGGACUUAUCGCCAAGAGAUUGAAGAUCGCAGACAAUGGGCCGAUGUUUGUGAAAACUACGAAAGUUCGCAUUUCGGGAAAAAUCUUUAUCGUAUGAAUAACUUUCGAAUGAGAUAUUGCAAAUAAGCACACCCUCGAAAAAAGCUGGAAACUUGAGCAAUUACUGUCUUCGAAAAGGAAGAAGCACCACUGAAAAGUGAGAAUUUUGUCAUUAAUUGCUUCAACUCAGCCUUAUGGCAAUGGCUGUCGCUACAGCAGUUACACUCAGCUAUCGCCGUUCACGCACCACGUCACGUGACUGGGCUGUCGCCAACUCGAUACCAGUUGGCGUGGUGGACACAUCGUUAACUGAACCAAUCGUGAUCAACAUUGGCGGGAAAAAAUACGAGACUUACGAGAGCACGCUAAACCAGUUUCCUAACACGCUGCUGGGAAAUCCUGACAAGCGCAAGAAAUAUUUCGACGAGAAAAACAACGAAUACUUUUUUGACCGACAUCGCAGCUCCUUCACGGCCAUUCUGUAUUAUUAUCAGUCGGGUGGUCUGUUAGAACGGCCUUUGCACGUGCCACAUGAUAUUUUCCUAGAGGAAUUGAACUUCUUCCAGUUGACAGACGACAUGCAGAAGGAGAACGAAGAGGCUGCAAACUGUGAAGUCGACGAUGGCGGACAGGACGAUGACGACGAAGAAGAACUUCCAAAGAAUAGAACCUUACGAGCAAUUUGGCUCGUAUUCGAGAACCCAAAUUAUUCCGUCUGCUCCAAAGGCUUGGCUAUAUUCUCGCUAGUAAUUAUCUUGCUCUCGAUAGUGAUAUUCUGCGUGGAAACAAUGCCUGUUCUGGAUGAUUCCGUUCCUGUCCAGAAGCCCCAUAAUGGCACAAUACGUCAGCCGGCCGAGCGCGGAAAAAACAAACACGUGUUCUUCGUGUUGAACGCAAUCUGUAGUUCGUGGUUCACGUUUGAGUAUGUGAUUCGUCUCAUCGCAUCGCCCAAUAAGAUUCGAUUUCUUAAAGCGAUUCUGAACAUCUUAGAUCUGCUGUCGAUUCUUCCAUUUUACGUGACCCUGGUUGUGCCAGAGGAGUCAGCGGGCAGUAUUGAUGUUCUCCGAGUGAUGCGAGUGAUCCGCGUGUGUCGAAUCUUCAAACUGACGCGCCACUCAAAAGGUUUGCACGUGUUAGGGAAAACUCUGUACGCUAGCGUCAACGAGUUGAUAAUGUUAAUGCUCUUCCUGGUCAUUGGAGUCAUACUGUUUGCAAGCGCCGCGUAUUACGCCGAGGAAAAAGAAAAUGAGGGCUUUAAAAGCAUCCCACACGCAUUCUGGUGGGCUGUUGUAACCAUGACAACGGUAGGAUAUGGAGACAUCUAUCCUAAGACUACAGUUGGUAAAUUAGUAGGGGCCGUGUGCGCCCUAUCGGGAGUACUCGCCAUAGCUCUUCCUGUACCAGUCAUCGUCUCUAACUUUGAAUUUUACUACAAAGAGGAACUAAGCAAUCGAGAGAAUGCCGAGUCAGCGGUGUCAUACAAGAACCUGAAUAGCUUGGUACCAAAGUCGCCGAUGUUAGAGCACAAGUUACUUCUUGAUUCCGCUGCCGGCACACCCACGCACUCGGCCAAGUUAGAAGUUAAUCCUGGGCACUAUUCCAGUCCAUUAUUAACGCAUCGUAUAACAAACGGUGCCAUGAAGUUCGGACAUGAUGCAAUAAUUGAGACUGAUGAGCUCAGCUCUGGUGGGGGUGGAGGAAGCGGCUCGAAACCAUCGACUCCAAUCAAUCGAAGGAAGCAGCAGCAAUCUGCUCCACCUAGAUCAGAAACAGUCCUAUAGAUCGUGCAGGGAAAUAUGUUCCGAUAUGUCUUAGAGGCCAAUGGAACUGAAAUGAAAACAUUUGUGACUUUUGAUGACAUUUCAAAUGUCUACCAGGCAAAUAGGAGCAGCUGUGUUCAGUCCUCUCUGUUCUACGCGUGCGUGAAUACGAAGGAGACACCACGGCAGACCACUGUUACGCUAUGUUGUGCUACUAAAGUUAUAGUUUUUAACAGAAGAGGAUUCCCCGAUGAGCGAAGACAAUUGAAAAUAUAAUUGCUAGUGUAUUUUCGCCUUCCCUUUGGCUGUGUGUAAAAGUUAGAGAAAGUUUGAAGCGCGUGAGUUCUGGUUAACCUUUUUUUACGCCGACUUCAGUAUCACGAGCAAAAGGACAGCCGUUCCACCUAAAAUAUGCUCUCGCUUGAUUUUAAGGCUAAAAACCUGCGGACAGAAACGAACAUGGAGAUAGGGGCGUGUACUACGAAUGAGAAAUCGUAAGUCUAUGAGAAAACACAAGCAAUCAGAACUAGCUGAAUAAAAAAUCUUAACGAACUCGCAGUAAAACAAGCAAGCUCAGCUGCUCACUGAUGAAUAAAGGCUGAUAGUUUCUAAAGAACUGUUUGGGGCUGCGUCGGUGGGGGUAACGAAAUAAUUUGAA